AUCCCUUCCUUCAUUUCAAGAAGGCAAUUUAUCUUGUGGAAUAUAUUAGUAUUUUAACAUAUUAUACAUCUCACAGUCCUUCUUAUGGUGUGAUUAUAGGAAAGGAUGGACACACCUACCAGCCAUGGGGUUGAGACCCCUGGGGUGGGGCUAGCUAACUCUAGUCAAGGUUACGGCACUGCAAUUCACCUCCAGGAUAAUUACUUGCUUCAUGGGGUGAUGGAUCAGUCCUACCCCCAGGGUAUUCCCAGUCGGAUGUCGGAGGAGACCAGAGUAGGACAAUUGGGACCGCACACUGAGGAGGAGUCCCUAUGGUCUGGCAGUGUUGGUCAACAUCCCAGUGAUGAGGUUAUCAGGAAUGGCAACACUGGGCCUCGCCCUGGUGAGGAAAGUCUGAUGGUCGGAAAUAUCAUGAAUAUGGCUCAGCGCACAAGUGAUGAAGGCAUGAGGACAAGUACUUUGGGAGCUAGACCUGGUGAGGAGAACAUUAGAGUUGGCAAUAUGGGACUUCACUCAACAUGUGAAGAUAGUAUAAGGGUGGAGGGACAUGGAGGACAGCGACCUACAAUUCACUCCCCAAGACAUGGAAAUAUGUUAUUGUCAGGCCACCCAGUAACACAGCGUAAUGCCCCCAUGCAUUUCUACAUGGAAGAUGGAAAUGGAUCCAUGAGCAGUUCAAUCUCACAGCAGAACCCAACAGGUCUUACUUCUCAUAAUGAUAUGAGCAGUAUUCCUACUGGUCCUAAGGGGGCCACUCUGUUGUCAGGUCCCCAUGACAACAUGGUGGGUGGCAGUGUAGCCAGAGGGGGUCCUUUACCCCAACAGGCCCCAGAUCUGACACACCGCCAUCCUCAGCACACAGCAGCAGGAAGUAAGUCGGAGGGUGUUGAGGUUGAGCGUGGGGAUGACGGCAGUCUAAAAUCAGCAACCAAGGACUACACAGAAAGAAACCUGCCACGUGAACUCAUGGGAAAGAUGUUUGGUCUCCUAAAGGAAGGAAUGUUCUGUGAUGCAGUUAUCCUGGCUGGCAAUAAGGAAAUAAGGGUACACAAGAUGGUGCUUAUAGCAGCAAGUCCAUUCCUACUGUCCAAGUUGUCUAAAACAACACCCAGUACAUCUCUACGUGUGGAGCUUCCAAUGGGUAUUCCCCUACAGGUGGCAUCACAGCUCGUCCACUACCUGUAUGAUGGUAAGAUCACCUUGACAACUGACAAUGUGUCCCAAUUUGCACGUGUAGCCAAUCUGUUCAAGCUGGAGCACCUGUACAACAUUUGCGAGGAUUUCAUUGACUGUUUUAACCUGGACGAAUCUUUGCUUAAUGUCAUGGAGGAAGACAUUAGUGUGUCUGCAACAGAGCCAAGGACCUCGCCCAUUGCUCUGAAAAAGCGCCAUCUCAAGCUCAAUGCAGAGGAAAAUAUGGCAGAAGCAGAGGUCACAGAAAACACCGAAAACACAGAAACUAAUAUGGUUUGUCAUGAAAAGUCUGCACCAUUACCCAUUCAACCUAAACCUGUGUGUACUACUAAGGGGAAAACCGCUAAUAAGAAAGCACCAAAAAAGUCUACCAAACUGAAACAAGAAGAGGUUUCCCCUCAGAUGGAGACACCUGUUCACAAAGUGUCACAUCUGUACGGCACCCGAGCAGCUUCUGCUGCCAAGGUAACUAAACAGGUAACAGAGGUGGUGGACGAGACCGGAGCAGCCACAUCAUAUGGGAAACAUGGGUUUUAUCAGACAGAGGUGGCAGAGGUAGCCCACAGGGAGAUAGGGGACAGCUCACCUACCAAACAUCCCAGCCCUGUUAAACAUGCCGACCUGAUCAACAAAACACCAGAGUUGGACAAUGAUAUUGAGAACAAUGAGAAUGGCGAGGAAGAAGAUGAUGAAACAUCAGAUGACAGUGACGAGGAUUACCUGGAGAAUAGCGCUACUGGGAAGUUUAAACAACUAAAACAGGCAAAUAAUAGCCUGAAGAAAUUACAGUCAAAGAAAAGACAGAAGAAAAUGCCUGUCCCUCCAGCACCCAAGCAAGAUAUGCCUCUGAGACCACCUCCAAAGAAACGAGCAAGAGAGUUUGCAAAAUCUGAGGAAGAUAAAAUACUUCAGGACAUUGAAAGUAAACUGGAUUUAUCAGUUUUAGAUGUCUCGGUGUCACUGGCAACAGAAUUAACAACAAAAAAGAAAGCAGUGACCAAGAAAAUAAAGAAGAAGAGAAAGAAACAUUCAUUUGGAACCAUGCUCAAGAGUGUGGUUACAAGCGCGAUAGCUGAGCUGGAUAAAAAUGCAGAGCUUAUACCAGAGAGUGAGCGACAGUUUAAAUGUAAACUUUGUGGCAAUGAAUUUGUAUUUCCGAAACGAAGUAUCACUCAUUUGAUAAACACACAUGAAAUCUCUCCAGAUGACGUUUUGAGCUACAUUACAAUACGCAAGUUUGAAAAGUCUCCAAGAGUUUGUGACAUUUGUGGGUAUGAAACCAAAGAACCAAACUUUUAUUACAUUCAUUACCAUAAGUACUUCCGGCACGGCAUUCCGCUACCCAAAGGUUGGAAACCAUUCACAUGUGACAUUUGUGGAAAGGAGUGUUUUACAAAGUUCCAGCUGAAAGACCAUAAGCUUAUACACCGUGAACAAACACCAUUUAUUUGUGAAAAGUGUGGGCAAGGUUUUAAAAGCAGGACAUGUCUCAAUAGUCAUGUGUUUCAUCGACACAAUUCCAUACGAAAACAUGACUGUACCGAAUGUGAAAAGUCUUUCAAGACAAAAACGCAGCUGAUGGUACAUCAUCGCAUACACACUGGAGAAAAACCGUUUCACUGUCCAGACUGUGAUUAUAAGAGUACCACCCGAGGUAACAUGCGACUCCAUCUGACCAACAAACACAAAUAUGAUUCUCAGGUUAUUACGUGCAUGAUGUACCAGAUCAAGACACUUAGCAAGGCAUAUGAAAUGCAGAGUUUGCCACAGGAUCUCAUUAAUAACGCUAAUCUUCAGACUGAAGAGUCUGACCUGCUGAACACCGCUGACAAGAACCAGAUGAGGCCAAUGGAGGACCAUGUGGGUAUGCACCUUCCUACAAAUGUAAUGGACAAUGACAAGUCACCUCAGCCUUCACAACGUGAUAAUGACACAUUCUCAAACCUGGGCAACAUCCUUGUAGCCAAUCCCCAGGGCCAGCCCAGUCAGCUGAUCUACACAGACGAAAAUAUAACUAACCGACACAUCAUACUUCAGUCGUACAAUGGCCAGCAAAUAGUGACAGGAGAGCUACAGAGAGGUCAGACCUCGGGUGGAGUUGAAUGCCAAGACACCCAGGCCACACAGAUCCCAGUGUUACUACAGCCAGUACAAGGCACUGACCACCUGGCCGGUCACUUCCUAGUACAAACACACCAUGGAGGACAAAGCACUGUCCAGCUUCUCAGUACAACAGAUGGUCAACUCACACAAGACCCACGGGGUCAGGAGGCCCACAUACUGGUACAGGAUUCCCAAGGCAUGCUACAGGAAGCAGGUAUCACCAGUGAACAGGUUCUGAUUACAGAUCAGGAACAGCUGAACCUUUCCUCAUCUCGACGUCAAAGUCAUGAACAGCAAAUCAUGUAUGUGGAGCGACCAGCCAAUGAGAUGGUACAGCAAGAUCAGCUAAUCUUAGCCACAGAUAAGAAUGUUACGGUGCACGAAUCCACAGGACACUCUACCACAGAGCUCCAAAACGUGUCUCCACGACUCAUGAUUGAUGGAAAUCAACAAGUUCACAUUCAGAUUCACACCGGGACAGCAGUCACCUUAGAAACGGAUUCCCAUGGACAAGUGCAGGAGCGACAGGUGCGCAUCCAGGAUCCCCAGGGCCUACUGGUGGGAGAGCGGCCACAAGUCACACUUGUCCACCGAGGUCUCAACAUUCAGGACAGGGCCAAAGACACAGUACAGCCAAAACAGGAAGUUCAGAUCUCCGUGUCAACAUCACUUGAAUCAUACCAACAAGUUUCGCUACCAGUCACGUCAGAAAAUCCAUUGACAACAUAUGUGGUGAACUCUCAGAAUACAGGUACCAGUAUUGAGUCUCAGGGACAGUUAGUUCAGAGUCCUCCCAACACCCACGGCUUACCCACAACUCAGGCUCAUGGGCUGCCCGACUCCCCCACCACCCAGUCCUCACAGAGCUACAGUGACAACACCCUGUACCAGUAUUAUCAUCAGCAGUUCAACAACUUCUGAUCUCCAGGAAUAUGGUGUAGAACCCACUGUCAGUCUCUGGUACAAGACUGGUGGCACUGGAAUCUGAUAUUUGACAAUGUCUGAUAUGUAUAAGAUGAAUAUGUAACUCAGAGAGAUACAGAAGUAUGUUUCCUUUCUGACUUUGGAAAGUUGUCCCACUGUCAGGGAUUAUCUAUCUGACAGAGUCACUUGUCUAAGGUUGUGUAGCUGGGUGUGUAUUUGUGUACAUCAGGGCUUUUUGCCAGCUGUUUUGCUAAAAGGACACUCACCAUACUUGAGAACAUUUUGUGGUAUUAUUACAUAUAAUUGGGAUAAUGAGGGGUCGAAAAUAAUUGAGCAAAUAUUCAGCAAAAUUGUUCAAAAUACUCAGUUUUGAGGGGGAAGGCCUUUUUUUUAAUUUCCGAAAUUUCAUUUUUUUCUGGAGGGUAUUCCCAUCCAGACCUAUGAAAUGCUGGCAAAAUCCCUAUGCAUAUGUUAGCUUUUGAUAAUAAGAAGUAUUUUGGUAUACAUACUGUGUACUAGGAUACCUUUACCCACUCAAACUUUCAUUCUACAUCGGUAAAUCCAUCUUCACAUCCUGUUACCCGGUAAUAUCACCAUUCAUAUUUGAUUACUAUGUUUAUUACUAAGAUUCUGUUUAAUAAUAAUCAUUACGAAAGACGAAAAAAGGCGAAAGUUAAACAACAGCCAAGAUUUUCUGCUAUACAGUAGAGCAAUACCUGCAAAAAAUGUCCACAGUUUAACUUGUGCCUUUUUAACCCCAUGUACAAAAUGUAGUGAGGACCAAUUCAUCAUUACAGCAACUAUUAGUAAACAACACAAUAUAUAUAGUAAUUAAAUGCAAUGGGUGAAAUUAACAUAGGGCAAAUACGGAUUUUAAUGGUGAAGGGCGAAAGGUUCUAGAUACACGUAUACAGUAACCUGGCAAUUGCCUUGUUAUAAAUGUAGUAAGGUUAACACUGACAGUCCUGUCCAUGUUGUACAAACAUCUAGAUUGAACAUAAAUAUUCUAUGUUAUUAUUGUAAACAAUAUAACACAGGAAUUCUAUGAGUGCCAAUAGUGUUUGCUUAAUUGAAUGACUUGCAUGCAAAAAAAACCCCACUGAUAUUGUGCCAUUUAAGUGGUUUCAUACACGUCAGACCAGAGUUGAAAUUAAGAAGAACGAAAAACUUGAUGGCAAAGUCCUAAUUAACUUUUACAAAACUUACACCAGCAGUUAUUUUAUUUUCUCAAAAAAGUCUGGUGUAGUUGCUGAAUUCAAGAUAAAAUGGAGUUCAUAUACAGUGUAUCAAUAUAAGAUUGCUAGGUACUCCCAUAACAUUUCAUACCAAAACACUUCUUUGUUAGCAAUGUAAAUUACCUGUAUUCUCGAAGAAUUGAUGAUUCAAUCACAACUGUUUUUCCAAAUAUUUGUUAUGCUACAAGAUGUACUAUGCAUUGCUGCUAAUAAACUGUAUAGAUGUGAAAAUCAAUAUACAUGUACAUUGAGAUUUACAAUUUCUUUUAAGUUCUAAAAUUUCAAACUUUAGGACUGAAGUCUCAACAGAAUGGAGUUUAAAGCCUAAUUUAAUUAAACAGGGAUUUGUUCAUUUGACAAAUUCAAAUUUAUAAUUUGUUUGAAGGUGAAGUACUUCACAACAGUUACACAAAUGUUUACUUUGUAAGAAAUAUGGUUUGGUGUUCUAUAGAUGCAAACAUGAAAAAAUUAUCUGCUUUCAUCUGAAUCUUUUUAAUGCAUAAGUUGCAUCUCAAGAGCAAAAUAUGUUAUUAAUUUUACCAUAUAUUUAUUUUGACUUCUGAUGGAGUACUCUGUUUAUAAAUUAAUUAAAUGAUGUAUUACGCUAUUACAUUGUACCUAGGCACAUAUAAAUUUAAGAACGAAUAAUAUCAAAGUUAUGUUUAGUGAUUUAUGAUAGAAUGAUAUAACUUAUACAUGUUUGUGUCCUAUUUGUUAUAUCCUGUCUGUUCUGCAACAUCGAAUUUAAUUUAUUUUUAGCUCACCUGUCCGAAGGGCAAUUGAGCUUUUUCUGUGGUCAGUCUACCCAUCCAUCCUUCUGAAUAACCAAGAUAGUGGUGGGCAGUAGUAUACAGUAAUGAAGGACUGUCAAGUUGCUUAAAUUACCUUCACUAACUUUUAUUUAAGGUCACAGAGGUCAAAUGUGUUCAAAACUUUUACAACUUCUUCUGAAUAACCAAGAGGCCUAGGGUCAUGAUGUUUGGUCUAUAUAAUGCUGGAAUUGAUCAUCAUAAUGUUUGUUUGAAUGACCUUGUCCUAUUAACAAGGUCACAGUGGUCAAAUAUAUGAAAAAGUUUAAGUGACUUUUUCUGAUUAACUCAGAUGAUGAUGAUGGUUCCGUAAUUUGGCUUGUGACAUGCUAUAAGAUGGAGGGAUAUCAAGUGUGUUCAAAUAGAUAACCUUGACCCAUUUUCAAGGUCACAGUGGUCAAAUGUGUUUAAACCAUUUACAACUUCUGAAUAACCAAGAGGCUUAGAGCCAUGAUAUUUGGCCUGUAUCAUGCAGUGGCAAAAGGCUUUAAGUUCUUUCGUAUGAAUAACCUUGACCCACUUUCAAGGUCAUAUGUAGUCCAAUAUGUUAUUAAUUUGAAUAUCUUUUCCUGAAUAACAAAGAGGUCUAGGGUAAUGAUAUUUGGCCUGUAGCAUGCUUAGGGUUAUCAAUUUAGCUUAAAGAAAUUUGAUUUUGACAUUCUUACAAAAUUAAUGUAGCUCUGAAUAUCAGAUGAACAAUACACGCCCAGUAGAUCUCUUAUUUAUUUAUUUAUUUUUUAUACAAAUUAUUGCAAUUAGUGCUACCAGGUAAUAAGUUUGUAGUAUAAUGUAUUUAACUGUUUGACUAAAAUGACUUAUAAGUGGUUGGUAGAUAUUUUGGUAACACUGACUGAUCAGGACUGAUCCUAGUGUUGAACAUUGAUGACAAUAUUUGGCAUGCAUUUCUGAUCUAAUUAACUUCAGAAUGCUUUAAAAUUGCUCAAGUAUUAGGGGCACUUUAUAGAAAAUGAUUUUAAGUAGAGCUCAUUUGUCAUUUACUAAAAGACUGAAUAACAACUAUUUUGUUUAAAGAAAUAUUUGUAUAUUGUUUAUUUGUUGCAAUUCAAAGUUGAGUGCCAAAUGUCUGCUUGUUUUGUUGUGCUGUUUCCCUGCCACCUAUAUUUCAUGACUUUGCUGAUAUUUGAAUGUUAAAACAAUGGUUGUUGAUGUUUUCAUUACGAAACAAUGGGAAAGAAGCACCGACAGGAAUUCCAAUGCUAUAUUGCCAGUGGUUGUCAUUAGAAUGGACAGUAAAAACAUAUUACAAAUCUGAACUGAGGGAUUUGUUUGUAAGUGAAAGAAUUUGAGGGACCUCUGUUUAACUGUUUGUUUAUGCCUGGUAUUUGUCCACAUUGUGUUCAGCAGUAAUUCAUUUAAUAUAUUAAGUUGGUUGAUGCACAAACAGAUUAUUAACUACCACAUGUGUUAUGCAGGCAAUGAAAACUUAACAAAGGGUUGAAAGAAUAUUUUUCCAAAUCUCAUCCAUAAAAGUCUCAUUCUAAACUACAAAAGUCUUUCCCUAAGGUCGAGAUUCUCUGUCCACAUCACACAAGGAUAAUUUUAUGAAUUGACAUGAACUGAACAAAGUCAUUAUCUCUAGGAAGUCCCAGCAGGUGAUGAGUGUCGUUUGUGUGAUCGAGACACUAAUUCUUCUGUUUGUGUCGCCAAUCUUGAAAUUUCUGCAAUAAUGUAUGAAUAUGAAUCCAUUUACAAACAAAAAUGAAUUAAAAUGGCCCAAAACAGUAUCUGUUCUGUUCUUUGUUUAUUUUGAUUUGUUUUGUCCAGCUGAACAAAAUAGUCUUGCUAGUGCCAAUCUAUCAAUAACAAGCUAACUUUGAGAAAAGCUCUUACAUAAUUUGUAGAUUAAAGUAUGUUGUAUUCAGACAAAUGCGAUUCCUCUGUGAACAGAAACCAAAUAUCCAGGCAAACGAUAUGUUAAUUGCCAUGUACAAGAGAUUAAAAAUGGUGCACUUCAUAUUU